UCACUCCCCACUCGCUGUAAACCAUGGCUGAUGAUGAGAUUGCCGCGCUGGUGGUGGACAAUGGUUCCGGGAUGUGCAAGGCUGGCUUUGCAGGGGAUGAUGCCCCGAGAGCUGUGUUCCCCUCCAUCGUGGGACGGCCUCGACACCAGGGUGUGAUGGUGGGAAUGGGUCAGAAAGACAGCUACGUUGGGGAUGAAGCCCAGAGCAAGAGGGGCAUCCUGACCCUGAAAUACCCAAUUGAACACGGGAUUGUGACCAACUGGGAUGACAUGGAGAAGAUCUGGCAUCACACCUUCUACAACGAGCUGCGAGUGGCCCCAGAGGAGCACCCUGUCCUCCUCACAGAGGCUCCACUCAAUCCCAAAGCCAACCGGGAGAAGAUGACCCAGAUCAUGUUUGAGACCUUCAACACCCCAGCCAUGUACGUUGCCAUUCAAGCUGUGCUGUCCUUGUAUGCCUCUGGCCGCACCACUGGCAUUGUGAUGGACUCUGGGGACGGUGUGAGUCACACUGUGCCCAUCUACGAAGGCUACGCCUUGCCACACGCCAUCCAGCGUCUGGACCUGGCUGGCCGGGAUCUCACUGACUACCUGAUGAAGAUCAUGACCGAGCGUGGGUUCUCCUUCACAACCACGGCCGAGAGGGAGAUUGUCCGUGACGUCAAGGAGAAGCUCUCCUAUGUGGCCCUAGAUUUUGAAUCUGAGAUGCAGAUGGCCAGCUCCUCCUCAUCCUUGGAGAAAAGCUACGAGCUCCCUGAUGGUCAAGUCAUCACCAUCGGCAAUGAGCGUUUCAGGUGUCCAGAAACCCUCUUCCAACCCUCCUUCAUUGGGAUGGAAUCUGCUGGGAUCCAUGAGACCUGCUUCAACAGCAUCAUGAAGUGUGAUGUGGACAUCAGGAAGGAUCUGUACGCCAACAUAGUCCUGUCUGGUGGAUCCACCAUGUUCCCAGGUAUCGCUGACCGGAUGCAGAAGGAAAUCACAGCCUUGGCACCGCCUACCAUGAAGAUUAAGAUCAUUGCUCCACCAGAGAGGAAGUAUUCAGUGUGGAUCGGUGGUUCCAUCCUGGCUUCUCUCUCCACCUUCCAGCAAAUGUGGAUCAGUAAGCAGGAGUAUGAUGAGUCUGGUCCCUCCAUUGUCCAUCGCAAGUGCUUCUAAUGGCCCUUCAUCAGUGUGACCAUCAGUCUUCACCCAUUUGUCCUUCUUGCCAACUCUGCCUGUUUGAUUUAUUGCAAAUCCAUAACUUUCUUAGUCACUGAUGCUCCUGAAGGCUGUGAACCAUGUUAUAACACAUGCCUGAAGUUAUUUCGAGCAUUACUCCUCAAAUGGGUAAAUGGGCAUUGUUGAUUGAGCUGUCAAUGUCUCUGGCCAAAUCUCAGCUGUAGUUGACCAGUUACUUUGAACCUUGCCAUUGUCAAGUUGAUUAACAUUUUAAAUAAAAGUGCUUUC